GGGAGUCGAGGGUGGUCCACCCGGCUCAGGACCCAUGUACGGAGGUCCGGGAGGGGCGAGAGGUGCCGAGGGGGGUGGCAUGAUGCCCCAAAGCCAGAGUCUGCCAGCCAACGUGGGGGGGAUGCCUCCCCAGCAGGGGGGUGGUCCCCCAGGAGGUCCUCCUGGGCCCCCCUCGGGUGCUCCUCAGCCCCCCGACGCCGAAAUGCAGUCGGACGAAUCUCAGUCUGACUCCGCCCCCCCUCCGCAGCAUGCCAAGAUGGCUUAUGAGUCAGGGGGUCACGGUAGCGAAGACAUGAAACAGCCGAUGCCACCACAGAGUCGCGGUGGUCCACCACAGAGUGGCGGCGACAUGCCACCACAACACAUGCAGCACCACGCACCACAGCCCAUGGAUGUCGACCAGAGUCGUGGUGUCCCCGAGUCAGCACAACCACAGACACCGCCACAGAAGCCCAACGAUCAAUAAUCGCUUAACAUUCUGUCAGUUAAUUCACGAACAUUACGGAUCAGAUAUUUGUCAGUAUGAUUCAAACAUAUUUUGACUUUGUGUUGAGUGAAUGAAAUUUGGGGGACUAAUAAAAAGAAUAUAGAGCUAGUGUUAAAUCAUAUGUAAUAUAGUCAUUAAAUUUAUUAUAUUGAUUGAGCUAUUUAAUGGCUCAUUGGAGGACUUGAUAUACAGUUAAUGGAACUUUUUAUCGUCUUAAUAGAUCAUAUUUACUGGAACGGAUCUUCAGAUGUACAUUUACAUUAAAUGCGACUUCAUUUGAGGAGCUACUUAUCUUCUCAAUAAAUCAUACACUUAGAAAUGUGAUUUUAAACAUUUUUACUUUGAAUAUGAAGUAUCUCGAAUGGAUUCUCCAAAUAGAAUGUCGCUGGUAGUAGUUUUUUAUAUGACUGAUCAAUUCUAGAUCAAUCUACGUAGAUUCUGAAAUUUUCAAAUAAAGUUUUUCUUUCAAUGAAUCAAAGCAACUGAUGGUAACCAGUUAUUAAUAAUCUUCUACGUUUGGAAGCUGCGAAAUCCAAUUUAAAACUGGAUGGUGUUAUGCAUCAGUAGACCAAGCGCCAAAACGAAAAGUUUCAGAAAUGAAGGUUUUGUUAGAAGUCGUCUCUAAAAUCAUGGGCACCACCAAUUUUGUUCUUGAUUCUUGUACACAUGUAAUAAAAUAUCAGCUGUCAUGAGA